UUGAAUUGUAAUUUUCCCCUAUUGGAAAAGUACAAAAACGUAUAAAUGUACCAAAUUCUCUGCUCUCGACACCUUUCCUUCCAUCUCUUCUCCCUCCAUUAACUCCUUCUGCCACCACCCAUCACCAAUGGGGGGAGCACAUUUAUUGCCGCUUUUACUCCCGCUCCUCCUCUCCUUUUCCUCAGCCGCUCCUAUUCCCACCGGAAAAUCUACCCUUCCCUAUCUCAAGCUCCCACUCCACCGUAACCACCCCUUCCCUCCCACCCCUUCUCACGCCCUCUCCUCCGACACCUCCCGCCUCAUUUCCCUCAAUUGCCGCCGCGCAAAGCUACCCCUCGUCUCCGGCGCUUCUUCCGGCUCCGGCCAGUACUUCGUCGAGUUCCACCUCGGCACUCCGCCGCAGCGCCUCUUCCUCGUGGCGGACACCGGCAGCGACCUCGUCUGGGUCACGUGCUCUGCCUGCCAAAACUGCUCCACGCGCCUCCCGCAUUCCGCGUUCCUCGCUCGCCACUCUGCCUCCUUCUCGCCCUUGCACUGCUACGAUUCGAAGUGCGACUUCGUCCCGCGCCCUAGGCGCGUCGCCUGCAACCGCACGCGCCUGCACAGUCCAUGCCGUUAUGAGUACUCCUACGCCGACGGAUCGGUGACCGGGGGGUUCUUAGCCAGAGAGACGACGGCUUUCAAUUCCAGCUCCGGCGUGGCCGUCCGGUUCUCGAAUGUUGAGUUCGGAUGCAGUUUCCGAUCUUCCGGGCCCAGCAUUACCGGCCCGAGCUUCAACGGCGCUCAGGGCGUGCUGGGUCUGGGCCGCGGACCGAUCUCGCUGGCCACGCAAUUGGGCCGCCGGUUCGGCAACAAAUUCUCUUACUGCCUGAUGGACUACACGCUCGCCCCGACUCCGAGGAGCUACUUAGUGAUCGGCGACGGCGAAGCCGAGGCGGUCAACGGCUCGAAGAAGAGCUUCACGCCGCUGAUUAACAACUCACUCUCAUCGACUUUUUACUACGUCGGGAUUGAGAGCGUGUUUAUAGAGAAUGUCAAAUUACCGAUCAGUCCUUCGGUUUGGAUCGCUGAUGAGCAGGGGAACGGCGGAACAAUCAUCGAUUCAGGGACUACCUUGACAUUUCUGGCCCAGCCGGCUUACGACUUGAUAGUAAAAGAGUUCAAGCGGCGCAUGGAGCCGCCCGAGCCGGUCGAUCUGACUUCCGGGUUUGAUUUGUGUAUAAACGUGUCGAGGGAUUCAAAGCCGUAUGUACCUAGUCUGAGUUUUAAAUUCGCCGGCGGCUCAGCCUUUGCGCCGCCUGCCGGAAACUACUUUAUAGAUACGGCCCCGGACGUGAAAUGCCUCGCAUUGCAACCGGUCACCUCUUCGUCGUCGUUUUCCGUCAUCGGAAACUUGAUGCAGCAAGGGUUUUUGUUCGAGUUCGACAACGACCGAUCCCAACUCGGGUUCUUACGGACCGGAUGUUCGCUGCCGUGACUCACUGAGUCAGAACUCACACCCCGACCCGGGACCCGUUUUUUUGUUGAUUAAAUCUUUUAAAUGAAGUGCCAUUUUUCAUUUUUUUAAUCAUAGAUGAGAGGUAAAGUGGUAAACAGCAGGGGCUAUCAGAUGUGUGUGUGCACUUGUGAAACCUUUAUUCAAUGUGUAAUAUUUUCUUUGUUUCGAAAUAUCGAAUUAUAGGAACUAUUUAAAAAGUUUUAUAUUUUGUAAAAGAAUUGAGAAAAUAGAAUGAAU